ACCGAGACGACGGGUGGGCUGCGAGCGGACCGUCCUGAGCGGCUGCGGGGGCUUGAGGUGGGGCUGACUGAGGAGGAGGAGCCGCCGUCGACCCCGCGCCCGCCGCCAGCAGCGCCGCUGGCAGUGUGGGAGGAAGAGCGCGGGCGCCUCACGGCAUUCGAGGAAGCGGCAGCAGAAGUGAGCGUGGGUGCGGUGCCGCCAGACGUGGAGCUCUUCUCGCGCCACACGCGCUGGCUCGCUGGCAGGGGAUGGCAUGCGGUUUGCGCCGGGCUGCUGCGUGACGCCCUACUCAGCGACUUUGCGGCUUCCUCUGGGCGGGGCCGCGCGGCCGUCGACGUUGCCGUUGAGGCCGACGGGCUGCGCGCGAGCUUAUUUGUGGCGUGCGACGACCCCGCCCGUGCACGGGAAAUUGACGACUUCGUUUCCGCCGCAGAGUUGCCUGCCGCACGCCACCUGCUGUCGCUGCCGCAUGCGUGUGGGCUGGCUGAAGUCUCGGGUACGGCGUGUGUGCAGGUGCGCUGCCUGUUUGAGCGCGCCACCGGCGCCGUGCUGUGGGAGGCGCCCGCCACACAACGCACAAUGUUUGUGCUGGCACUUGAGGUGGAUCUCUUGAUGCACGCCGCGGCCUUUGGCGCCUCGCACCUGGCGCUUGGGAGCCGCAUUUUACUGAACAGCGCGAAGGCGUUGGCGCUGCGUUGCCGGGUGCUCUUCCCCACGGACGCGCAGGCGGAGGUGUGCGUGCAAUCGCUGCAGGAGGACGACGGCGCCGGCGGAAUUAUAUACUGCCGCCAGGCGCGUCGGGCCUACGCAUCGUUGGGCGGCGAGGCGCGCGAAGUGGCGGUGGCGGUGGUGUCGCCACUUCCCCUCUGA